AUGAAGAAAAAUUAGAAAAAGUCUUAAAGCACAAAACUUAAGGUUACCCCUUGUUCCAAUGAUCGUUAUUAUAUGGAUUAAUCAAUUGAUGAAGAAGUCUAUCUAAAAUACAAUUAUAAAGUUGUGAGAGAAAUGGGAAGAGGUGGUUAUGGAGUUGUAUAUAAGGCGUAAUAAUAAUUAUAAAGAUUUAGUCUCGGAUUGAAUUAAGGUCAAAUUGAUAAAACUAAAAAGUAUGCUAUCAAAGUUAAUUUUUCAACUGUAUCACCAGAAUUGAUAUUUGCAGAAAUUGGAUUUUUAAAGUUAGUCUAUGGUAAAGAGAAUAUGCCACAAUUGGUGAAUUUAUUUUUGAAGGAUUAAAAAAUAUACAUCGUAAUAGAAUACUUUACAUAUAAACCAUUCAUAGUAUAUAUUUGACUUAAUAAGACAUUUUUUGCAAACUUUGAUAUGAUGCAAAUAAGAAAAUAUCUUUUUGAGUUAUUAAAGGCUUUGAAUAUUUUAAAACAGAAUGGUAUCUAUCAUAGAGAUGUAAAACCUGGAAACUUUUUGUACAAUCCAAAGACUAGUAAAGGAAUUUUGAUUGAUUAUGGGCUUAGUGAAAUUGAUAGAUCAUUUGUUGCAAAAUUGAUUGAAAAAGAAAAGGAUUUGUCAAAGAAAGUAUGAAUUUGUUAUAUUAUUAUUAAGAAUCCUCAAUCAGAUGAAGUCUAAGAGAUAAGAAGAAAAAUUAACUUAUAUAACGAAAUUCAAAAAACAAUUGAUUAAAUUGGAUAAAAUAAAAUUGGAACAGAAAGUUUCAUGCCAUUAGAAAGCAUUUUGCAUUAUCAUGUAUUAGAAUAAAAUUUAUCAAUUAGGAUUAAUCUUAUGAAGUUGAUAUGUGGGCUGUUGGAGUUAUAUUUUUAUAAUUCUUAACCAAAAAAUAUAAUUUAUUUAGUAAUGUCAGAAUGAUUAAUAAACCAGUUGCUACUAAAAACUUUUUUUAUGUUAAUUUUAUUUUAGAGUUAGCAAGUUUAUUUGGAUCAGAAUAAGUAAGAUAAAUUUGCGAUUUGUUAGGUAAUAUUUUGAUUAAUAAUUUAGAUUAUGAUUUAAAAUUACCAUCUGUUACCGCAACAAAACCUAUGAAAUGGAAAUAAAUAAUAAAUAUGGAAGGUUUCGAUGAUAAUGCUGAAGAUUUAUUAUCAAAAUUGCUAUGUUUACACCCUAAAUAGAGAAUAAAAGUUGAAGACGCAUUAAAACACCCUUUUUUUCAAACUUUAAUAUCAGAAGAAAAGCAAGCAGAAACAAAAUUUUAAUUUGAGUAAGAAUUUAAUGUUAUUAAACAAACUGAAAUAUGA